CACUGUGUGUAAAAACGCACAGGUUUUCAGUUUUUUUAGCAGUAGCAGCAGAAAAAAAUCACGAAGCCAGUUUUUUUCUUCUUCAACUACUUAUUUUACUCCUCCUCAACUUUUUUUUAUAAUACGACAAAAAAAUUAUCAAUUGGUCAUAAAUUUGACCAGAGGGAAAAAAGAAAAUUCAUACGGAAAAUGUUACAUACUUGAGUAAUGCAUUAAAAAGGAAAAAUCGGAAGAAAAGUGUAAAUUAAAUAAAUUGUGUAUAAGGCAAGGUCAGUUUCGGAGAAAUGGAAAAAACUAAAAUGUUUUGUGCAAACUCAAACACGCGUAUGGAUCAUGGUGAUGCGCUUAGAAUGUAAAAAAUAUAAAAUUAAAAAAUAUAAAUUAAUAAUCUUCCCCCGCGAACAUACUACUCAGCUUAUUAUAACUUACUACUUAUUACCCAGUGCACAAUACACAUAAUAUAAUUCUGUGUGUUUCUUUUGUUUAAUUAUUAUAACAAGCAAAAAAUGAUAUAAAAAAUAUAUAAAAGAAUACAACGUUAAUGACUACGUGAGUGCAAAGUGAGUCCGGGUAUUAAAAAGAAAUUACACUACAAAAAAAGUAAAAAAAUAUCUUGUUAAAAAAUAUAAAAUAAAAAAGAAAGAAGAAGAGUUAAAAAAGGAAAAGAAAGAUAGAAGGAGAAGAAGAAGAAGGUGGAUUGUAUCAAGAGAUGAUCAAUGAGAAAAGGGGGAUUUAAUGUCAGAGAAUUGUCAACAAGAAACUACAACAAAAAAUCACAAGAGAUUUGUUAAACAAGCAACAACUACAACAAAUAUUAACAGGAAACUUGUAGAGAAAUUUUUCGUAACAACAACAAAUAUUUUUCCUGUCAAAAUAUUUUACACCUUUUCAUCUCUUCCACUUUACACACACAACCAUGUAUACUUCACCGUUUCAUUAUUCUACAAUGAGGCCUCAGCCUCCGGGGAGUGGACCCGCCUUAGAUGAAAAUGCCGAAGAACUACGCAAUGUCGAAUGGUACUGGGGCAAAAUCAGUCGAGAGGAUGUGAAAAAUAUCCUCAGCGGUAAACCAGAUGGUAGUUUUUUGGUACGCGAUGCCCUAUCCAAAGAAGGCGAAUACACACUGACCCUCAUCAAAGAUGGCACGGAGAAACUAAUCAAAAUAUGCCACCUAAAUGGUAAAUAUGGUUUUGUCGAUUGUAAAUUCAACUCGGUGGUCGAGUUAAUCAAUUACUAUAAGGCCAACUCAUUGAAACUGUACAACAAAACCCUGGAUAUUACUUUAAGCAAUCCCAUUAUACGGCCCAUCGAAGAAGAGGAACUACAGCCAAAUGCCGAUUUACGCAUAAUGGCCGAACAGUUUUUGGUCAUACACCAAAAGCUAAACAAACAUCAACAGAGUUUGGAUCAGAAACUAAAAGUUUUCAAAUCCAUCGAAACUGAAUUGAAUGAUAAAAAACUGCACCAGGAAGUAUUUCAAAGGGCGGAGAAAAUGUUUCAAUCUCAGAUUAAAUUAUUAGAGACAUUUAUCAAUAACCCACCGCAGGUCGGUACGAAUACGAACCUCAAUUCCAACUCGUCAACGAAUACAUUGUCCUCGUCGUCAUCGGCGUCGACAAACUCCUCCGCCACAGCAAAUUCUCAAACUACCCGCCAUUUGGAACAAGAACAAUUGCAGCUUAAUGCUGCCGCUAUGAAGGCUCGUCUCAAUGAUCUCUGCGCUGAAAUGAACAAGCUAAAUCGUUAUGUCGAAAGUAAGAAAGAAGACUACAAAGCAUUGGAACGACAAAUCAAUGCAUCGAAACCGGAAUUGCAAACUCUUAAUAUAAGAAAAGAGAAAUAUAUUGAACGUCUCAAAGAAUUUUGCAUAUCUGAGGAAGAUCUCAAGGAAUUGAUCGAAAUGGGCUUUGAGGCCUGGCAACAACGCUACGAAAGUGUAUCGAAACAACCGCACAACGACGAAUCAAUGUGGUUCCUGCAGGAUAUAUCUCGGCAAGAUGCCGAAGAUCUACUCUGUGGCGCACCCACUGGUACAUUUUUAAUACGCGCCCGUUCUGCUGGUCAUUACGCCUUGUCGAUUGUGUGUAAAAAUUGCAUCAAUCACUGUAUUAUUUAUAAAACCGAAAGUGGUUAUGGAUUUGCGGCACCCUACAACAUCUAUCAUACCCUUAAGAAAUUGGUGGAACACUAUGCCACUAAUUCGCUGGAGGAACACAACGAUACACUGACCACCACUCUAAGUAUACCGGUCAUGUAUUGGCAUCAAAAUAAAGAGCUGAUAACGCAGCAGCUGAAGGAACAAAUGGAAUUGGAGCGUCAGCAACAGGAAAUGGAGCAGCAAUUGCAGGAGCAUAUGAUGUUGCCAACACCGCCCAUGGCCACCUCAGCACCAAUAGCGGUGGCUGGGGCUUCAUUAAUGUCCGUCAAUGAUAUGGCAGCUAGUCAAACACCACCCAUAGCUACCCCGCCUCAAGCACAUUCCUAUGGCAGUAGUAGUGGUGCUGGGGGAGGUGGUGGCAGCAGUAUAGGUGGUGAUAGCGGUAUAAGUGGCGGUGCUAGCAGUUAUCCGGGCAGUAAUCUGUAGUUGUAGUAAACCAUCAUUUUAACUUUCAAUUAAAAGAUUGAUUGAUGAUGGCAUACAUAUUUUGUAGUGGGUAAGUUAAAAAAAAAACUGUAUGUAAAACAGAAAGAAUGAAAAUGUUUGUAUUUUGCAACUGAAAAUGAAAACGAAAACAAUGAAAUCAAAUUUAUAUUAGUAAGUGGUGCUUGAGAGAGAAAUUACAAAUAAUCUCUUCUACUAAAGCUACAGCUGGCUGUUGUUUGUACGUAUAAAUUUAUCUCCAACAAAAAACCCCCAAAACCCUCAUACCCCUCCCCC